UCGUCGUUUAUUCAUCCGAUUCGAAUGGCCAAGAAGACGAACGCUCAUCCUAUCUCGAAACCUCGGUCAUAGAUCCCAAUAACCGAGCGAGUUAGACUCGGAGGAACUCGACCCUGGCGGUUCGAGUCAAUUUUCGCCUCCCCUUUGUCUGUCUAUCUGCAAAUCAUCCAAUGGAACUCAGCAAGCUCUUCAUUUCCGUGAAGAAACCCCCAAACCUCUUUGCCAAACCCUGCUUCGCGUUCUCCAACUCGACCGAGUCCAACUCAAUCCCUGAACAAGUCACACUGUCUCACACCCUCCAAUCCGACACUCUCAAGACCCUGGAAUGGAGCUCCAUCUGCAAGAAGCUCUCGAAGUUCACGUCGACCUCUAUGGGUUUCUCCGUCGCGCAAAAUGCACAAGUGCCCAUAGGUCGGACCCAGAAGGAAAGCCAGAAACUUCUUGAUCAGACUUCCGCGGCAAGGCUGAUUUCUCAGCCUGUGGACUUUUCUGGUAUCGAUGACUUGACGGAGAUUGUCAAUGUUGCAACUUCGGGUCAGCUUUUAACGAUGAGGGAGCUCUGUACGGUUUGCCGCACGCUGCGUGCUGCAAGAGAGUUGUUCAAAAAGUUGCAGGAGUUGAGUUCAGUUGCUAAUGCUCCAGAAAGGUACUUGCCCCUGCUUGAAAUAUUGCAGAAUUGUGAUUUCCUAGUUGAGUUGGCAAAUAAAAUAGAGUUUUGCAUAGAUUGCAAUUUUUCUGUAAUUCUUGAUAGAGCAAGUGAAGACCUGGAGAUCAUUAGAUCAGAAAGAAAGAGGAACAUGGAAGUUUUAGACUCUUUCUUAAAAGAAGUAUCAUUUCAAAUUUUUAAGGCUGGGGGUAUUGACAAACCAUUAGUCACACGACGUCGAGCUAGGUUGUGUGUGGGUGUCAAGGCUUCUCAUAGACAUCUGCAACCAGAUGGCGUAGUUCUGAAUGUUAGCAGUUCUGGGGCAACAUAUUUUAUGGAACCCAAAGAUGCAAUAGAUCUGAACAACAUGGAAGUAAGGCUUUCAAAUUCUGAGAAGGCUGAGGAAAGAGCAAUUUUGAGCUUGCUUGCCUCUGAGAUAGCAAGUUCAGAAACGAAAAUAAAGUAUCUAUUAGAUAGAAUUCUUGAGGUUGACCUUGCUUUUGCAAGGGCUGCCUAUGCUCAAUGGAUGAAUGGGAAAUGUCCAAUUUUCAGUUUAGGGAAUUUUGAAGGUGGUGAUUACAAUGGAGAUGAUGAAACUUUACUAGUUGACAUCGAUGGCAUACGACAUCCCUUACUUUUGGAGUCCUCCCUGAAUAGAUUUCCAGACAAUCUUGAUCUGAGAUCAGGAGAUGCUGACGAGUUGGGUAAUAAAAAUGCAGUAGUGGCUUCUAGAAAUUUGUCACAAGCCAUAGAUGACUUUCCUGUACCUGUUGACUUUAAAAUUGGUCGUGGAACCAGAGUGGUGGUGAUCUCAGGACCUAAUACUGGAGGGAAAACUGCUUCCAUGAAAAAUUUGGGCCUGACUUCGCUCAUGUCAAAAUCUGGAAUGCAUUUGCCUGCGAAGAGCUGUCCCAAACUUCCUUGGUUUGAUCUUAUAUUGGCAGAUAUUGGAGAUCACCAGUCUCUAGAACAAAAUCUCUCAACUUUUAGUGGGCAUAUCUCAAGAAUCUGUAAAAUUUUGGAAGUGGCCUCAAAAAAGUCACUUGUUCUCAUCGAUGAAAUUGGCAGUGGAACUGAUCCAUCUGAAGGUGUAGCUCUUUCUGCUAGUAUCUUGCAAUAUCUGAAGGAUCGGGUGAACUUGGCUGUUGUGACUACACAUUAUGCUGAUCUGAGUUGUCUAAAAGAUAGGGAUAACUGUUUUGACAAUGCAGCAAUGGACUUCUCUCUAGAAACAUUACAACCUACUUAUAAGAUUUUAUGGGGAUGUAGUGGUGAUUCAAAUGCAUUAAGUAUAGCUAAAUCUAUUGGCUUUGAUAAUAAUAUAAUUGAAGGUGCCAAAAAAUGGGUGGAGAAGUUAAAGCCAGAACAGCAACAAGAGCGGAGAGGAAUGUUGUAUCACUCUCUGCAGGAGGAAAGAAACCGAUUGAAAUCCCAGGCUGAAAGGGUUGCAUCUGUUCGAGCUGAAAUUUUGAACAUCUACUGUGAGAUCCAAGAGGAAGCAGAAGAUCUUGAGCAACGUGAGAGGGCUCUUAUGGAGAAGGAAACUCGACAGGUCCAACAAGAGCUACUGGAUGCAAAAUCUCAGAUGGAAACUAUAAUAAAGAAGUUUGAAAAACAACUCAGAACUGUUGGUCGUGAUCAAUUGAAUUUAUUAAUUAAGGAAUCUGAAUCUGCAAUUGCCUCUAUUGUAAAAGUUCAUGCUGCUCCUGUUAAUUUUCCUGGUAAUGAAGCUGAUCAGAUUCCAUAUACACCACAAUUUGGAGAGCAAGUUCGAGUUGAGGGCCUCGGAGGGAAAUUGGGCACAGUGGUGGAACAGCCAGGGGAUGAUGAAACGAUACUUGUACAAUAUGGUAAAGUGAAGGUCCGGGUGAAGAAAAGUAGCAUCAGAGCUAUUCAUUCGAAUGGAAAGAAUUCUAUAUCUAGUUCUGUUGCACGUCUGGGGAGGCAGCAGAGUCGGCAGAACAGAGAAUCGGGCAGUAAUACAGAGACCAUCAGCAAUGGAGAGCCUUCCUAUGGUCCAGUGGUGCAAACAUCCAAGAACACAGUGGAUUUGCGAGGUAUGAGGGUGGAAGAAGCUUCUAUACAGCUUGAGAUGGCAAUUAAUGGAAGCCGUCCAUAUUCGGUUCUCUUUGUCAUACACGGAAUGGGUACUGGUGCAGUUAAAAAUCGUGCACUUGAGAUACUGACAAAUCAUGCCAGAGUCACUAAUCAUGAGCCAGCAAGUCCUAUGAACUAUGGUUGUACAGUUGCUUAUAUCAAGUGAAUCAACCUUCAUUUUUGUCUCUCGACCAGGUUGAUUUCGCCUGAGGAACUGCUCUUAAAUAGUAGUAAAUCUUUUUUUAA